AUGGGAUGCAAAGGAGGAAUAGAGAGUGAUAGUUAUGACUUUUUCGAUGUUAUUGAAAAUUAUAUAAAUAAAGCAAAAGACGCUCAACAGAACAGUGCAUCCGGGGAUAUUUCUUUUUAUUGUGAUAUAUUUUCAAGUGAGUGGGAAUCUGAAUUUGGAAAUAUUACCAUUGCAAAAAGAACAUGUGAAGAGAUUGUAAAACUAUAUAAAUCUUUAGAUAACCUUAAAAGUGAAACAAGUUCUGCAGAUUAUAAGAAUGAUUGCGGAUUUUUUAAUUAUUGGGUAAAUUUUAAAAUAGCUGAAAGUAGGAGUAAUGGAAGUGAUUGUAUCAAAGAUAUUUACGAAGGUAUAGGUAUAGAGGUUUAUUUUACGGAUAGUGAUAUUUCUACGGAUAGUGAUAUUUCUACGGAUAGUGAUACUAAUUAUAUAGAUAUAUACGACAUUAACAAGGAUGACUUGAAUAAAAUGAAUAUAUUACAUAGUUUAUAUGAGAAGUACAUUGAACUUAACGCUAUUAUAUAUAAUAAGAUAGAUCUCGAUAAACAAUCGUUUUUAUCUAUCUCAACUGCAUGUUGCAAUGAUUACAUUAAAGCUAGUUAUAUAUGCAAUGGUGGUAAUCAUAAUAAUGAUAAUAGACAAUUUUGUACACACCUACAAAGUUUUAAAUCAAAAUAUGAAGAACUUUAUAAUAAAGUAGAUGCAAAGGGUACUGAAUAUUCGAAUAAUUUUAUAAAAUUGUCAGAAUGCAAAAAAACUAAUACUAUGUCAACAGUACUUAUAGGAACAACGGCUGCAUUAAUUCCAUUAUUUGGGUUAUUAUAUAAGGUUAACGAAAUUAAUUUUAUAUUUUGA